CGGUAAUAAAACCCCGUCACAGGCGAAACUGUCCCGCUAAAAUCCACACGGCAUUGAGGAGACCUGCUACAUUUGGGUGGGAAGAAAGGCGACGUCAGCGCCAAAACAAGCAAAUCGACACUUACUGGUGGGUAGUUCAACCUGUCUCAGCGGGCAGUCGAGCCAUUGGCUCCCCCUAAAAAUUACAUCCAGUAUCCAAUUUCUUCAAUUUUAGACUGGCCUCAACAAUCACUUUUGCGACCGCCCGCCUGCAACCCAGUGUGUGUCCGCCGCGCUCCGCUUCGUCACUUCUUUUCUUUCUGGUUUCGACGCGUCCGCCAGCAACCUUUGGACGAAAAUAUUACACGUCCAUCUUCCGGCCCCCUUACAGCCGUUGCUUUUGCUGCCUAUUUGGCUUGGUCGAUAAAUCGCCUGUUUCAACCUCCUUUGCACCCUGCCAACUCGAGAGACCCUCCCUCUACCGCAACCAUGCGCUGGUUAACGUCCUUUGCGGGCUACUUGGCCCCGAUCUUCCUCAUCUUGUCGCCUGUCCUCUCCUACAGCGACCAGGCCUUGUCGAUGCACAAGAAGAAGUCGAGCGCCGGCUUCUCCCUCGAUAUCCCGCUGAUCAUGCUGGUAGCCUCUCUGCUGAAGAUCUUCUACUGGCCUGGCGCGCGAUUCGAUACUGCCCUGCUCAUCCAGGCCCUACUGAUGAUUGUAAUGCAAGUCAUCUUGCUCAAAAUUGCCCUCGACCACCGUCUGCCCCCUUCGUCCAAAGGCGGAGAGGCCGCGACGCCCUUUGCGAACGUCAACGAUGGACCCGUCUUCGGGUCGCAGAGGCCAUACCACUUCUGGCAGUGGAGGUCGCCCAAGCCCUACUGGCAAUUCUUGCUCUACCUCUUUAUCGGCCUGACGGUCUGCGAACUGCUCCUUGCGCCCGUGCGACCGCUAUACCAGACCUACUCCACGAUCAUCGGCUACGUCGGUCUCUCGGUGGAGGCGACGCUACCCUUGCCUCAGGUUUUUGCCAACGCGCGUUCCCAGUCUUGCAGGGGGUUCCGCUUCUCUGUACUGGCGAGCUGGCUGAUUGGUGACGCCAUGAAGAUGUUCUGGUUCUUCACGUCGACGACGGAGAUUACCUGGGCCUUCAAGCUGUGCGGCAUCUUCCAGGCUUGUUGUGACUCGUUUCUCGGCGUCCAGUACCUCAUGUAUGGCGACGGUGAGAAGGGUGAGGUAAAGGAGCACCCUAUGUCCCAGUACCCUCAGUACCCGAACGGCGUCUACAAGCCGCCUCUGCCGGAGCACGUCAGCGGGAGGUCCAGCCCCGCCGGUCGUAGAACCUCCAGUCCGUACGGCAAGGAGCUGCGAUGAACGUCCGGUGGUGUGCUUGUUCUGCUUGCUUGUUCUGCCCCAUCAAUGUUUCUUCGGUUUCCUUCGACAUGUAAGACCCGCAUAGCCAAACGUUGUACACUAAACUCCUGCGAGAUGCGGCGCAAGAUAUGGAUGGUAGUUUAGACAGGGAUUAGACAGGGAGUCUCAGGGGCCAAGAGCCUGGGGCCAAUUGUAAUUGCCGUGGGAAUGCAGGGGUUGUGACGAGCGAACGAGGUGAACUCAACCGUCUCUGCAUGAGUGCGAGAGGUCGUUACUCGAUGUUAGCGACUACUUGCACGGUUGUGUUCAGGGCGAGUUUCCGACAUCACGAACGGCGUAAAGAUUAUGUUCAAUCUGACGUGGAUCUGUCAGGAUACCCAUUUCUUUAAAUCAAAACUUUUUUCAAGCCAA